GUAGUUUGAUAAUUUCAUCUAGUUAUUCUGAUAAAAAAUCCCAGUAUAAUCUGCUUCAACGAGAGCACUUCAAGCCAUAAAAUGGAGCAUUCUUACAGGUGUGCGGUAUCCACUCCAACUUCAUACCAUUUCAAGCCCUCAUUCCCUUCGGCUCUAUCUUCAUCCCUUAGCCUCUCAAGCAAAAUCCCAAUUUAUCAUUCCAAGAAACAAAAAAAAUUGUUCACUGCCUCUCUAAGGACUGUGUGUAUUGGCCAGUUCUCAUUUCCUGAACUGCACUCCUCAUGUAAAAAAAGAUGGCCCCCGUUUGUAGUCUCAGCCGCUGCUGCCGCCAUUGAUACUGUGGAGGACAAGCUUCCAGCUGCUCUCCAAGUCAUUGAAACAAAAGAGCCCAAUUCCAGGGUCAGAUUGAGUGUAGAUGUUCCCCCUGUUGUAUGCGAGGAUUGUUACAGAAGAGUCAUAAAGGAGUUCACUAAACAUUCAAAGGUCCCUGGAUUUCGCCCUGGAAAGAGUGUUCCUGAAAGCAUCUUGGUUAGCUAUGUCGGGAAGCAAAAUGUUCAGAAAGCUACUGUUGAAUCUAUUCUCAAGAGAACCCUCCCGCAUGCUUUGUCUUCGGUAACUGGAAAUGCCUUAGAAGACUCAAUUCACAUUGCUACGAAAUUUUCCGACAUGGAAAAGACAUAUUCAUCUUUAAACUCUCUGAGGUAUGAUGUCCUUCUUGAUGUGGCACCUCAAAUCAAAUGGGUUCCAGAAAAUGGAUACAAAAAUAUUAAGGUUGUUGUAGAGUUAGACAGUGAUGUAGAUGCUCAGAGAAUUGCUGAGCAAGAGCUGAAGCGUCGUCACAAAGCUCUAGGUGCAUUGCAAAUUGUUUCUGAUAGGGGGCUGCAGGAUGGCGAUGUUGCAAUUAUUGAUAUAUCAGCAACAACAGUUGGAGAUGAACAGAAUUCUAAAAGAAUUCCAGCAGCAGAGAGUAAAGGUUUCAACUUUGAUACAGAAGAGGGAGAUAAAGUUCUCCCUGGUUUCCUGGACUCAGUAAUUGGAAUAAAAUGUGGUGAAACGAAGUCUUUUCCACUUGUAUUUCCAGAAUCAUGGAAACAAGAAGAUCUCCGUGGUGUUCAUGCUCAAUUCACAGUUCAUUGUAAGGAACUAUUCUAUAGAGAUUUACCCGAGCUGAAUAACUCCCUUGCUGAAAAGCUUAUUCCAGGAUGCACUACCAUUGAGGAUGUCAAGCAAUCAUUGUGGCAAAGGUGCCAGGAAGUAGAGCAAGCAGCUAAAGAGCAAGCAACUGAUAAUGCAAUUCUAGAUCAAAUUCAAAAGAUGGUCGAAGUUGAUAUUCCACAAUCACUCUUUGAGGAACAAGGGAGGCAGCUGUAUGGAGCCCGACUAUUAGAAAUACAAGCAAAUAUGAAGCUAAAUGAACAGCAGUUGGCGACUCUAUCAAGUCCAAAGGCCGUCAAUGAGUUCCUUCAAACUCAAAAGGAAAACAUAACAAACAUUAUAAAGCAAAACCUAGCCCUUGGUGAUAUAUUUUCUCGUGAAAAUCUGCAGGUUUCAAUUGAGGAGUUGGCAAAGGAGGUUCAAAACUCAAUCGCUGAGUUCCAACAACACAAGCAAGAAUAUGAUGAGGAGCGUAUAAAGGAGCAGGUGCGAGAGGUACUUGAACGAGUAAAAGUGCUUGAGUGGCUUAGAGAGCAUGCCAAAAUUCAGUACAUAACAAGAUAGGGAGUCAAUUUGAAUGAAUAUUUCAUAUAACCAUGUAUGUCCUGGUUUGCUAUAAUACAAGAUGUCCACUACCAUGCUAAAGUGGAUUGCCAUGUCAUUUCAGUUACACUUCUUAUUCUACCACAUUUCCAGUGUAUCUUACAUGGCUCCUCCAUUGUGAUGACAAACCCAAUACACCUCUCAAAAUGGGAUUUUUCUUCCUCUAAUUCAAGACUGUCCAAACCAUCAGAGUUUGCUGCUUCCAAGUCCUGUGAAGACUUGGUCAAAUCCGAUCCCCACCAGUUGUUUUGGCAGCUGUGUGAGCUGCUAUUGAAUCAGAUAUUUUUGCGGUCUUUUGGAUCCCACUUGUUUCAGUUCAUUGAUCGUUGUCAUAUUGUAUUAAAUUUAUCUUUUAUAAAUUAGUUUGUAGAUGCCUUUAUUUUGUGGGAUGCAAUAAUGAUCUCUUCAGAAACCUAUUAUUAGCCUUCCUGUUACAUAUUCAAACCAUUUGCCUUGGACCAUAGUUUUUCAUAAUUAUUUUGAAAUUCGUUAAAUCUCUCAAA